AUGGGCUAUUACCUUGCUGAUGGUAUAUAUCCUGGGUGGGCAACUUUUGUGAAAACAAUUUCUUGUCCACAAGGUUUGAAGAACAAACAUUUUGUUAUAAUACAAGAGGCGAGAUGUAAAGAUGUUGAGAGGGCUUUUAGAGUGCUCCAAGCCCAUUUUGCUAUUGUGCAUGGACCUGCUCAUCCUAGGGACGUGAAUACGCUUUCAACUAUCAUGAAAGCAUACAACAUUUUGCAUAACAUGAUAAUUGAGGAUGAAGGAGAACCCGGUGACACCAUCUUUGAUGAUAAUGAUUCUUAUCCUCCUAUACAGGUGUCGCGUGGACGUGCAAUUGAAGAGAUGUUUCAAAAUUUGGGCCGAAUUAGGAGUAGUGAAUCCCACACUCAACUCAAGUUGGAUUUAAUUAAGCAGUUGUGCCCACAACAUUCUUCUGAAAAUGGGGAUGAUGGCAGCAUGUCCCUGAUCAUGGUUCUUCUUUAA